UCUUUCUUAUUCUUUUAAUUUGUUUUUGUAUUUUUUCUUGUUUGCAUUCUGUUUUUAAUUCGUCUUCCUUUAGGCAAAUAUUAUUAACAAUAUAAGUGCAUUAUAUUAAUAAAAGUGACAUUGAAGGAGGAAGUGUCGAUAGUCGAAGAUAAACCCCACCCCUCCCCCCUCUACACCCCUCCGAAAGAAAAAAGAGAACUAACAUCAAAUAUACGAUCAUCAAACAUAAUAUCGCAUUAAGACUAGUUGCGAUUCGUUCAAUUAGAUUCGACUGAUUUCAGAUUUUCAUCAGAAGCGAGGUUUUAUUAUGAUUAGCUCGAACAGUAUCGUUUCAUCUCUUCUCUUGAGAAGAACAUUUUCGAAGAAAUUAAAGUGGGGAUGAAGUCCCGUCGUAUAUAAGCAUUGUGCACUCUCGUCUCGCAUUGGUUGUUCCCCAAUCCGGGCAACUUUUCCAAGACUUGGCAGAGCGGACAACCUCGCGAGUGAGCGCAGAACCUAGCCCCGCCGACGAGCAGCAGCAGCAGAUCAGCACAGAUUUAACAAGAAGACUUCACCGAGAGUUCAAGGUCCACUCAAUCGUCAUCGUCAACAAAAUAUCUAACGAACUUCAUCAUCGUACACGAAUACUCAGCUACAUCUGAUAAAUUUACCAAGCCAGAUUCACCCCACUGCACGGACAUCGUAGAAUGGUAGAAGGUGAACCCGACUCAAAGCACAACGAUAAGUGUGAUGUAAAAGACGAGCGCCCAAACGGUUGUGGUUCCAAGGAACUUGAACUUGCCCGAAUCGGGCCCAAGGAUAAGAAUCUAGAUCCAGAGAAAGGAUCCUGCAUCAAAGCCGAUUUCGAAAAGGCCAUCGAACUUACCGAGUAUGGCAAGUUUCAUUACUUCCUGCUCGCGGUAUGCGGCUUCGUCAGUACCAGUGAGGAGAUGGACGUAAUUUCCAUGUCCUUUAUCUUACCAAGUGCACAAUGUGAUCUAAAACUUGAUACCCAAGCCAAGGGAUGGCUCAACUCGAUCAUUUUCAUUGGCAUGAUGGCCGGUGCGUACGCCUGGGGCUCCAUUGCGGAUGCCUUGGGUCGUCGCAAGGUCCUUAUUGCCAUUUCCUUCAUGAAUGCCCUUUGCAUCGUUGCAUCCAGCUUUAGCCAGUCCUACGAACUCUUCAUGUUCUUCCGUUUUCUAAACGGUGCAGCACUUGGAGGAAGCGGCCCGGUCAUCUGGUCGUAUUUUGCCGAGUUCCAACCUAAAUCAAAACGAGGCUCCAUGCUUUCAUUCAUGGCAGCUUUCUGGACACUUGGAAAUCUCUUCGUUGCUGGUCUGGCAUGGUUGAUCAUCCCUCAGGACAUUGGUAUUACAAGUGUAGCGUUCACAUAUAACUCUUGGAGAAUCUUCCUGCUGAUCUGCGCUGCUCCGUCGUUCAUCGUGGCGGGGCUGCUUCUGCUGCUCCCAGAAUCCCCCAAAUAUCUUUUAUCCUGCGGAAGAUAUCAGGAAGCUCUUGAUAUCUUCCGUGGUAUUUAUGCCAUUAACACUGGCAGGUCUCGCGACAGUUACACGGUAAAAGAACUGAUCCUCGAUGACUUCCAAGAACCAGAGCCUGUCAAGGCUGACAUCGUGGAACGGAGUAAAUGUAAGAUGAUGCUCGGUGACAUCCUGGAUAACAGUCGUCAAUUAUUCGUCUCACCGAUACUCCGUUUUACCGUCGUCUCUAUCAUUAUAAACUUCACCUUCCAUAUCGGUUAUUAUGGUUUAAUGAUGUGGUUCCCGGAAUUGUUUAAUCGAUUCGACGAAUUUCACCGUGACCAUCCGGGCCAAUCAACAUCCAUAUGCGAGGUCACCGAUUACGUUGUUAACAGGGGUUCACAUCGUAUCGAAAAUGUUUGCAAUGAUAAAAUCGGUUCUUCCGUUUUUAUGGAGUCACUUAUUACUGUGGCUUCUGCUAUACCGGCUAAUAUCGUUGCCGUUCUGGGAAUGGAUCGUCUUGGUCGUAAAUUUUUCCUUGUGUUCAGUACUCUCUCGUCGGGACUCUGUUCGAUCGGAUUGUACUUCGUGUACAACAAAUAUCAUAAUCUCAUUGUCUCGGCUUUCUUCAGCGGUGUAAUCAGUUGCGGUAAUGCUGCGUUAGACUGCCUGAUCACUGAAGUCUUUCCAACUCAUUUACGUGCAACAGGUAUCGCAAUUUCGAUGGUUGCUGCACGUCUCGGUGGUAUCAUCGGUAAUAUUGUUAUAGCUCAACUUUUGGACAUGUACUGUCCAGCACCCACAUUUAUCGUCGCUGGUCUCUUGAUCGGUGGCGGUUUACUGUGCCUAUUUUUACCAAACACAACUCGUGAACCACUUUCUUGACAUUGGCUAAAUAAAUCAACGUUGUGUUGUUCCUCAACGAGUCGUGUACAGUCUAUCGUCUUACGUGCA